AUGCCGCAGCUAGCUCUUGUCAAGCAUCUCUACUCAAGUCUCAAUGUCACACGAGUCCUAUCAGUGGCAUCAUCAACGCAACGAUUGAUACCUCGACCGUUCUUAUUCUCCCAGUCAUCAAAGAAAAACCAUCAGCACCGCCUCUAUCAACACCAUGGACCAUCACUUCCUCCUCAACCCGGGCCAGGCCCUGCUGAUAGUGUGCGGAAGUGGAAAAUGCUUGGCUACAUUGCAUGGGCACUAUUCUGUGGGCUUAUCGGCGCAGGCAAGGUCUUCAGGGAUCACAUAAAUGCAUACCGACUGGCCAGCAAGAUUGAAGUCGAGUCUGUCGUCGACGAUCAGCUCGUAAGGUACGCAUUGGAGAUGAUGGACAAGACCCCAGCUAUAAAAGCACUCAAGAACGAUCCGGAUUUCAGGGAGAUAUGA